AUGGACACGGACCGUCAAGUAGUGCUGCUGGGAGGAAAUGAAGCGCGGCGCAGACCCGUCACAGCUACGAGAACUGACUCUGGCCUCGAGAUCAAUGGUAUGAAGAGGCCCCAUGAUAAGCUCUGCGGCUCUCUGGACGUGCUGACCCAUAACUCUUUUGUUUCGGCAGACUAUGGAAUAAAGACAUUGAUUCCCUACUAUAACAUCCUCUGGGUCGAGGCCACCAGCGAGACCCUGACCAUCGAUUAUGUCGCCGAUACGAACAGAAACCCCGCCAGGGUCGACAAACAAUCCUGGUCCAUCCCCAAUUCCCACUUGGCCGACAUCGUGGAGACCUUCUCUGCAGAGCUCUUAUCCAGCGCGUAUGGGAAGGCCAAGCGAGCCAAAAGUGCGUACGUGCUGCUGAACCCCAACUCGGGUCCCGGCGGUGCCGUAAGAAAAUGGCAGACCGAAGCUAAGCCCUUGUUUGACGCCGCCAGGAUGACGCUGAACGUGGUCACUCUGACACGGGGUGGUGAGGCGACGGACCUGGUAGAGAAGAUGGACCUGGACAAGUACGACACCGUUGUUGCCUGCUCAGGCGAUGGUACGCCCCACGAGAUCUUCAAUGGGCUGGGUAAGAGGCCCGACGCCGUCAAGGCCCUGAAUAAGGUGGCCAUCAGCCACAUUCCCUGCGGCUCCGGCAACGCCAUGGCCCUCAACCUGUAUGGUUCCAACAGGCCUGCCCUGGCCGCCCUGGGAAUCAUUAAAGGCGUCGUGACGCCCCUUGACCUCGUCUGCAUCACCCAGGGCCCGCGGCGCUUCCUGUCCUUCCUGUCCCAGGCGCUGGGUAUCGUGGCCGAGAGUGACUUGGGCACUGAGAACUGGCGCUGGAUGGGCGCCAAGAGAUUCGAGCUCGGGUUGUUGACCCGGGUCUACCAGAAGAAGUGCUACCCAUUUGACCUCGCCGUCAAGGUCGAGAUUCCGGACAAGGAGAGCAUCAAAGUACAUUACAAAAAGUACAUUACCAAGGUCCGACAGCCUGACACUCCCGGCAACAGCACCGAUACUACUGCAGCUGCCGCAGAGACAGGGACUUUCAGCGAGGAAAGCGUCGAGUCCGAGCUGGAUAGCAACCAGGGUCUCCCAAAGCUCAAGCACGGGACUGUACAAGAUGAACUGGAUAACCAGGAGUGGGAACUUGUCCCAUAUGACAAGAUUGGCAACUUCUAUUGCGGAAACUUGGCAUACAUGGCCCCCGACGCCAACUUCUUUCCGGGUGCCUUACCCUCGGAUGGCUUAAUGGAUCUUGUCAUGAUUGAGGGCGACCUUCCGACCAUAAAGGCUACAAAGACACUCCUCGCUGUCGAGUCGAACAAGUUUUUCAACCUGCCUCAGGUGCAGUACAAGAAGAUCUCUGCCUACCGCAUAAUCCCGCGCGACCAGGAAGACGGCUACAUCAGUAUCGACGGGGAGAAAGUCCCCUUUGAGCCCUUUCAGGCAGAAGUGUACAAGGGCUUGGGGAGAGUGCUGUCCAAGGGUGGCACAUUUGAGGCUGAAGGCCCCAUUGGAUGGGAAGAGGCUCCCCUCGAAAUCGAAGAAGCCACGGUGAGCUCUGGCGACAAGAGGCUCCUCGAUGAAAGAACACAGGAGCAAUACUACACCACCAUCAUACAGCGGUACAUGUCGUUCUGCAACGAUGCGGGGAAGAGGGAUGAGCUCCUGCGGCUAUUCGAGUCGCUGAGUAUUGACGGCGCAGGUUCAAGAUAUGCAGCGGCAGCAUCCACAGCAGCAUCUGCAGUGGCACCGAACCUGGGUAGUCACGAGGGGGGUCGGGCAAUCCAGGAGGCAGUGGAGAGGCUGCAGAGCCCGGCCAACACGCUCCCUCUGUCGCAAGUCAUGAUGGCGCUUAGGAAGCUGCGGGAGGGCAUGGUGGCAUCAAAGCGCAUCGAUGAUUUCGCUGUGCAGGCGUACUUGUUCUGCAUCCGCCUCUCUGUCAUGGUCAAGCAGCCCGAGUCGUACCACGCAGCCAUCCUCUACCUGCUGCGUCACCUGCACCCUUUAUGUCCGCUCACGUCACUCGAGUUGCAGGAGGUGGUGAGCUACCUAGUCCUCGAUACGGCAUGCCGGCGCGGCGACCUGGGCGAGGCGUACUGGCUCCGGCGCGAGCAUCGCCUACGUGAUCCCCAGGUCGACGCCGUGUUGCGCGCCCUCGCCCACGACAACUGGAUCAGCUUCCACCGCCUCAAGUUCCAGGUUGACGGCCACCGGGCCAGGUUACUCGACUUCGCCGACGGGGAUCUGCGCUCCCGCACCCUCAAGGCUUUCGGGAGAAGCUAUUUCACCGUUGAGAGGAGGUUUCUCGAGUCCGCCACCGACGCUUCCUGGGACCAUCUGACUACCAAGGAUGGCGUGGGGUGGGAGUUGGACGGAGACAAGGUGGUGAUCCGUAGAGUCAGAGCCAGAUGA